AAAUUUUUUAAAAAAAUUGUCCGUCCUACCGAGACCGUCCACGACGAUUUGUACGUGGCUGGGGAUGAUGGAUAUUGCAGCCGGACACAUCUGGAGGCCCCAUGCUGGGGAAGGCAUAUCUGCAGAAGGCAUUUCCCCCCCCCCCCUCAAGGCGGUGCGGGAGCGUUUCUGUGCCCGUGGAGAAGCAGCCAGACCCUUCCCCCGAUUCCCCCGAGGUAUUAACUCGCGUUGAAAUCGCAGCGGGCGGAGGGAAGAGGAAAUAGUUUUCAUCGAAGAUACCUGACUACGCCUCGCUAGCUUCUUUCGGCUGACUGGCACUCCGCCCGAAGCGACGGGCGAUUUCAACGAAAGGAACGCAGCAGGAGCUUGAAGUUGCUAGGCGGAGUGCGCACCAAUUUCGGAUUUACCUGUCCGAGUCUCCCUUUGCAAUCCUGCAUCUCCUCGUCCAGUUUUCUUCUGCAAAACCAUGGCCGACGACGAGGAAACCCCGAACACUUUCCAAGUAAAUGAUACUUGUAAAAGUUCAAUUGAAGCGAGUGUUUUUCUACAUUAUUCACUGAUUCCAUCGGUUGUCAUCAUUUUGAUCCUGGCCUGUCUUGAAAAGAGAACAAAAAGAUUCUGGUUUGAUGACAAAUAUCCCAUAUGUCCAAGACGUUGUGGGUUACUGCUCCCAAUGGACUCUGACGACUCAAUUAGCAACCGAUGGUCAUUGGGAUUUGCAUAUGGUGCUACUGCUAAUAAAAUCAUGUUUCUAUUUGAGAAAGAGUUCUUUCCAGAGGGACUUCCUGAAUGGGCUAAAGUAUUUUGGAUCCUCCUCAUGGCUUUUGAAGUGGGCAUCUCCUCAUACCCUUUCUUUGUCUGUCUUUUAACAAAAAAUGAAGUUGUAGGAGCAAUUUUGGGGUUUCUUUACACAGCAGCUUGGGCAGUUAUCACGAUCUUAGACAUUGUAGAGUGUCCUGCGGAAGAUGCUGUGGGAAAGUACAGUGGCAUAAUUCUGAUGUGGCCAUCCGUGCUGUUCCUGUUCCUUCUGCUAGGACGCUUUCUUUUUAAUUUUGUGAAAGCAGUGAGAAAUUCAUCUGUAUACAACCAAAAUGAGAAAAAUUCUUUUACGGAAGAACACCAGUUGCAGUAUGUUCAGCAGUUGCUGAGAAAGCCUGUGCUUGGGAAUCCUCAGAAAAACUGGUUUCAGAGAAAGUUAUAUCAAUGGGACCCCUACUUUAAAUUCCCCAGCAGAAUUAUCAGCACAAUUAUCGUUAUGUUCCUAUGUCUUUACAUGUUUGUUAUGACAGAAUAUAUUGUUGUCAAUUUAAUUUUGAAGUUGCUCAAAGCAUUUCUUCAGGACUUAAGAACAAAUAUUCCGGCUUCGGAAAAUGAAUCAUGGAUCCAGAGCAUUGAAGAGUUUAUUCAUAUCUUUGAAGGAAUUUGGAUUGCUACUACUGUUAUUGCUUUUGCCACAUGCAUCGGAUAUGCAUUUAACAUCUUAGUCUGCUACAGAAAACAAAUUAAACUGUUGAGGGCAGGCAAAAAGCACCUACUUGUGUCAGAAUCUAUGAAAGUGUCAUCUUCUCAAUGUGUGGUAGCACUAUCAAAGUUCAUCUCUUUCCAAGUUGCAUACAUAAUGUGGGGAUACCUAAUCAUGCAUUUGGUGCAGUGGUCAUUUGGAAUGAUAUUUACAUAUAUUUUGAUUUUACCCAUGAUACGUGGCGAGUGGAUGGAGCUUUUAAACAAAUGGGGAACUGUGAUCCUGACAUUUGUCAUUGUCCUAGUGAUCAAGAAGAUACAGGUCCUUUUAGGUGCCAGGUUUUUUCUCCAGCCAAAAAUGUCACCGAGUGACAGUCAAAAACCUUUGGCACUUGAUAACAGGAGAGUCUUCAUAAACUUCAGUUAUUUUUUAUUCUUCCAUUCGGUGGUUGUGGGCUUAACUUCCUGUCUGAUGAGACUGUUCCGCAGCAUCAUUCUUGGGGCCUGGCUGGUUGGACGGAUAGAUAGGGCAGUAAUGCCAAAAGGUUUUGAACAAUGUGAUGCAGGAUACACAGUUUGGAUUGGAAUGCUUUUUCUGGACCACUAUCACACAAAUCCCAUCCUUGUGUGCUUCUGCCAAAUCCUUUGCGACAAACUCAAAGAGAAAACCCUGUUUGCCGAUUCAUACUCCGCUGUGUGUAAGCCAUUGGAUCCAGUUCCCAGAGUGUCUAGCAAAGCCAGGACAAGAUGGUUCCUGCUCUAUACACUUCUGAAUAAUCCCAGUGUCCAAAAAAUCCGGAAGCUAAAACCUCUCUCUUAUUCAGCGGACUGAUCAAAUCUUUUUUUUUUUUGACAAUGUGUGCUAAAUAUGCUAAGAGCAUAUAGUUGCCUCUUUGGUUUGCAACAAUUUAGUAUUUGACCCAAGUUGUGAUCAGGAGGGGCUUGCUGACAUAUUCAUUUGUUUCCUAAAUGAACACUUGUACCAUUGCUAGUAUUUAUUAUGUUACUGUACUGUAUUCAAUCCCAGCACCACUAGAUGAUAACUGCCAUGUGAUUAUUAUAUGUGCAAAAAUGAAAAGAUUUAGCACAACCCACAAUGGAGGAAUGGUUGGCGAAGAUGACAGACUUUGCAAUGAUGGUGAAAUUAGCUUCCUUAAUUAGAGAAAAAACAAUAUCAACCCUUAUUAUUGACUGGAAACUCCUUAUAGUUUUUUUGUUGUUGUUGCUUGAAACAGAAAAAAACAAACAAAACAGAAACAGAUUAAAAAAAUAGAUAGUGGUAAAAAGAGAAUUUUUUUUCCUUGUAACCAUAGACUUUUGUAAUUUUGUAUUGGUGCUUGUAGUUACUAUAAAGAAAAUUGGAAGCCACUUCUAUUUCUUUUCAUUUUUUGCACCUUUGUCUUCUACCUUCCUUCCUUCCUUCCUUCCUUCCUUCCUUCCUUCCUUCCUUCCUUCCUUCCUUCCUUCCUUCCUUCCUUCCCCUCUCUCUUUUAUAAUUUAUAUUAAUUCUUGUUAAUUUUUUAUCUUUGUCUUUAAAUACAUAAUAAAAAUUAUUUGCUUUAAUAACUUGUGUGUAUCCCCAAGUUGGAAAUCAGAUGGGGAUUUUGUUCAGCAGACUUUCCAGAGAAUAGCAGUAGGAAUUCUGGUUCUCCAAACCUGCUUUUAAUGAAUGUCACUGGGGGCUGCUUUCUGUUUGGUGUAGAAUAAACAUUUUGAACAUCAGUUGACAGAAUGUUUUGGGGUGACAGGAAACCAAAUGUGUGUCACCAUCUGUGUCCCUUCUCCAAUUUUGCACCAUUAAAUCCAAAUUUCUAAGAUCAACUGUUCAAGUCCCCAACUAUGUCUCUAAUACCAGUGUGAAACUGGAGGCAGGCCUCAUGAAAGUGCAAUAUAGAUGACAGUACUCAACGAUUGAAUCAGAAUAUACCUUUUUCUCCUUGGCCUUCUCGGUUAAUUAUGAGGAAUUAUUUUCAGUCCACCAGUGCACUCUGCCUCCCUCAUGGCACACUUAACUAACCACAAGUAUCUAAACACCAAAGGGCCUUUUAUUUUGGCAGUAUGGCAUACCUUCCCCUCAGGUGUCCUUGAAGGCCAAUACAGGAAGAUCCCCUACCUAGAGCGACAGGCCCCUGUGAUUCUGACCCUGUAGAAGCAAGAGAACAUCUCCAAUUGCCAGUACUAUAGAGAUAUUCAUACUAGGCUCAUCUCGCCAUUAUUACAUAAAUACCCAAAUUACAUCUCCCUGCUACUUUCAGACACUAACCCUUCUAACAAUGAAACAUUGCCGGGCUUUGCCCAGCAGUGCCUAAAAAUCUGUCAGCUGACCUGUGCCAUACACUAGUCUUAAUGAGCAUUUAGUUAUUCAAAAGGUGCUUUGUACUAUGAUAGAUUCAGUUUGGCGUAUACUAAAUUGUAUACUCCCUCAUAUUGAUCUAAUAUUUCUACCUCUCCCUUUAGUUUUUUAAAAAAAUCUUUAUAUAUUUUAGCACUGUUUUUCUUUUCAAUUAGAUUUGGUUGUAUCCUUUAUACUUUUUAAUCUUGUGUACCCCAUCCUCCUUUAGUAUAAGGUCCAUAAGGUCUAUGACUGUAUUAAAGAUUUGAACUUCGAAGGUGUAUGUGUGUAUGCCAUAAUAUGAUUCUUAUAUACAGUAACUCUUUGAUGAAGCCAUGCAGCAGGAUCAGGGAAAUUCAAUAUGCCAUUCAGAUGCUGUUGAAUAUCAACCCCAAUCCUCUCAAUAGACAUGUCUAGUAGUCAUGGAUAAUGGAAGAUGUCCUUCAGGAACUUCCUGAAUAGAGCUUAUUUUCCGUGGCGACACAGUGGUUAGAAUGAAAUACUACAGGCCACUUCUACUGACUGUCUAGUGCCUACAGUUUGAUUCUCACCGGCUUAAGGUUGACUCAGCCUUCCAUCCUUCCGAAGUGGGUAAAAUGAGGACCCAGAUUGUUGGGGGCAAUAUGCUGACUUUGUAAACAGCUUAGAGAGGACUAUAAAGCACUGUGAAGCGGUAUAUAAGUCUAAAGGCUAUUGCUAUUGCUAAAGGUCAUGGAUGACAAAGCCCAACUUACUGUACUCAAGUUGAUGUUAUCUUUGGAUGGUAUAAGAAUAAGAAAGAAAAUGCUGUUUAAUACCAAUAUACAAAAAAAUUGACUUAUUCCUGUCUCAUUCAUGUGCUGGGGAUGAAAUAAAAAUAAAAUAGAGAAAGAAAGAAAAGAAAAGAAAAGAAAGAAAGAAAGAGGAAGGAAGGAAGGAAGGAAAUAGGAGAAAAAAGAAAGAAAGACAUAGCUGUGCCAAAGUUAGGUGCAAGUGAAGAAAACCUUAAAACAGUUCUGUUGGCAUCUUGUCCUCAGAGAUCUUUGCUUGUCACAACUAGAAAGAAAAAUGUUAAAAGAGGUUUAUUUUUAAUAAAGCAUGUUCUAAAAUCUGCUCUGCAUAGGGAAACUUUCCACCAAACAGUACCUCAGAAGCAUGAGAACUGUACAGGUAGUCGUUGACUUACAACAGUUCAUUUAGUGACCAUUCAAAGUUACAACAGCACUGAAAAAAAUGACUUAUGACCAUUUUUCACACUUACGACUGCUGCAGCAUCCCCAUUGUCAUGUGAUCAAAAUUCAGAUGCUUGGCCACUGGUUCAUAUUUAUGAUGGUUGCAGUAUCCCAGGGUCAUGUGAUCAGUUUUUGUGACCUUCUGGCAAGGAAAGCUAAUGGGAAAUCCAGAUUCAUUUAACAACUGAAUUAACAAAUGCAACAAUUUACUUAUCAACCGUGGCAAUAAAAGUCAGAAAAUGGGGCAAACUCACUUAACACAUGUUUCACUUAACAACAUAAAUUUUGGUCUCAAUUGUGGUCAUAAUUCGAGGACUACCUAUAUUUCUGUUGACCAAUGUUUACAAUAGGUAAAUGGACAUUUUGAGUUGAUUUUGCAAAUUUAAAAGAUAGUGUUCUUGAGAGGGAUGUGAUGAAGAGCAGGAGGACAUCUAAUUUUGUAUUCCAAAUCUAAUAUUUUGCAGUUAUUUUGUAUUUAUAUUAUAUUGAUAUUCAAUAAAAAUUAUUUUAAAAAUCAA